AUGGCAUCCCAGGGAGCCACCCUCCAGAACUACAACAACGAGCUAGUGAAGUCCAUCGAAGACCUGCGCGAGAAGCGUGAAGAGUUGAAUCGCCAAAUCCUGAAGGAGGAAGAGGACAAGGCAAAGGUGCAAAAGGAGUUGUCAAUUCUCACAGAUCGCCUUCAGAAGGUCAACGAAAGCCUGGUUCGCAAGACCCAAGCCCGCAAUGAGUACGACAAGACCAUUCAAGAAACCGAGGCUGCCUACAUGAAGAUCCUGGAAUCCUCGCAGACUUUGCUGCACGUGCUGAAGCGCGAAACAGUCAACUUGACCAAGAAGAAGCAGGGCUCAGAUUGA